AUGGCGGAUCCUUUAAGUAUUACUGCCUCGCUAUUAGCUGUUAUUACAGCCGCCGUCCAGUCGACGAAAGCGCUCCGCGAAACCAUUAUACGCUUCAAAGAUCGCGACAAAACAUUGACCAGGCUUCAAAAUGAGCUUCACGAUCUCUUCACUAUUUUGGACUCGUUGAAACAAGUGAUUGAUACCGAAGCAUCAAUGCUGGAGCUUCUUCAAGGUCCCAUCGAAAGGUGCACCCAAGUAUGCCGCGAGUUCGAACAAUCGAUGGAGACAUUCGGUCGAAAAUCCAAGACAGGCUUUCGAGAUUGGGCAAAGAUGGAGUUCAUGAGAGGUGAUAUCAAUGAAUUCAUUGAUACGAUAUCUGGGUAUAAAUCCACGAUCUCAGUCGGCUUAGGCACCAUUACUAUACGUAACGCCAAAAUUUCUGAGAAGGUUCUUCAAGAUUACAAUGAGAUGAUCCAGGACACCGCGUAUAAUCUUGAAGUUCAAUUACAGCGAGUUGAUGAGAAAAUGGCGCGAUAUCCCACCAACAUCUCGAGCAUCGAUCUGAAAGAUGAAAAAGAAGUGACGAAACAAUGUCUUCGGAUCUGCGAGGAUGCGAGUCAUUAUAUCGAAUCUUUGACAAAUCGGGAGUCCUCCCUCUUACACCCAGGGCCGCAAAAUGCAACAGACGAUGAUGUGCAAAAUUACUUCGAGGCACAGAUGCUCACACGUCAGGCCCUGAAUGAGAACCAAGAUAGUUUCAUAACGAUUAUUGGUCAACUUCGGAAUCGCCUGGAGAACCUGAUCUUGAAGAAUGACCCUAAUGACGAAAACGAGAGAUCACGUUUACUAAGCGAUAUCAAUACUUCUAAGCAGUGCUUAGAAGUUUGCAAGGUGGCAAGUGAAGUUUCUACCCAAAAGGUAUACAGAGUCGGGGAAGUUGUUGCAGACGGCGAUAGCGAUCAAGUUGUGGUUAAUACCUUGGCGGAUCUAUUUGAUGUCAAGAAAGCGUUAUCUCUGGGUAACUCUGCGCAGCUAGUUGGCUCGAUGACAGAAGAAGCCCUUCGACACUUGACGGAAAAGCGUUAUAACAGUCGGUUUGGAGCUUUCAUCCAACCUGAAGCUAAAGGAAGUAGAGGCUCUUUCCCGUCCCCAGGUGAUCAUGAUGGGCAGUCUCCUAGGCCAAAAGCAAGACAUAAUCCGUCCUCCAAUGAGGUGAGAAAACGAUAUACGCGAGAGGACACAUAA